AUGGUCAGCCGGAAUGUAUCUGAGGAAGUCGGUCGACGAGGGCGGGGAGUGGAACGAGGUGAGAAAAGUGAAGAAAGCAAGGGGACAAAAAGUGGUGAUAGGAUGCGCGAAAGAGGAGGAAGCAAGGAAGUUGAAACAAAAUUGGAAAAGAAUGAAAGUUUAAAAAUAGAGACAGCUGUAAACAAAAACCCGCUUAUAAUAGUUAAAUAUGUGAUGGGGGAGAAGAAAAAGGAGCAGGUGGAGGAGGCAGUCAGGAGGCACAUGAUAAAAACGGGGCAAAAAUGCAGAAAGAAAGAUCUACAGAUAGAGGCCAUCUACGAAAAGAAAACAAGAAACCUACAUGUGGUCUUAAAAGUAGCACCUGUGGUAUGGCGGCAGCUGACAGAAGCGGGGGCUUUCCAACUGCAGUGGGGUUUAUCCUGUGUAGAGGAUCAGUCCCCGAUUAUCCGAUGCUCCCGCUGCUUGGGCUUCGGCCAUAUGAAGCGGGUCUGUCAGGAGCCGUCGGACAGCUGCAGCCACUGCGGGGAGGACCACAUAUAUGUAGAUUGCCCCAAAAAGGAUCGUGCCCCUGAAUGCCUCAACUGCAAAAAAGCUGGAACUAAUAAUAGGGAACACAACACCUUCAGCUCAGAAUGCCCAUAAUCGCGAAUGUGGGACAAAAUAGCGAGGUCUCCGAUAGCGUAUUGCUAAGGUGGUCACAGAAGAGUCAAGAAAGAAAGAUGAGACAUAUGGCGUCCUCCAGGCAAACCUCCAACGCAGCAGAAACGCAACAAGCGAGCUGAUUUUGGAGGCUUCCAAAACAAAAAUACUAUUGGCGAUGAUACAGGAGCCAUAUACGGGCAACGCGGGAGUAGUGGGGGGUCACACCGGGGUAAGGUUCUACCAGGCUGCACAAGAGGUCGGGAAAGUAAACAAAGCGGCAAUAGCCAUCUUUGAUCCGAACACAAAAAUCCAUCAAUUUCC